GGUAGUGGAAGUAGUUCCGGCCGCGCCUUGGUCGUGUCGCCUAAAAAUAGCGCCCCGUGGAUAUCCGUGCGCCGGUGUCAGUGUCUUCGGAGGAGCCUCAGUCGGGAGGCGGCGGCGGCAGCAGCAGCAGCUGCGGAGGAGGGGAGGGUGCUGACGGGUUUUUGUGAAGACAGCACAGCGCGUGGUGUUGCGUGCAGGCUUUAGUCGUAGAAGAAAACCGUCUACCAUGUGCUAGGAUACGAAUUUUGGAUUCUUUCGCUUGUGUGUUUCUGGAUUAUAAAAAAGGAAACGGUGAAAAUGGGGAGAAAGAAAAUACAGAUCACAAGAAUAAUGGAUGAACGGAACAGACAGGUGACCUUCACAAAAAGGAAGUUUGGAUUAAUGAAGAAAGCCUAUGAACUGAGUGUGCUUUGUGACUGUGAAAUAGCACUCAUAAUUUUUAACAGUUCUAACAAACUGUUUCAAUAUGCCAGCACGGAUAUGGACAAAGUUCUACUCAAGUAUACCGAGUACAACGAACCCCAUGAGAGCAGAACCAACUCAGAUAUUGUUGAGACUUUAAGAAAGAAAGGCCUUAAUGGUUGUGAGAGUCCUGAUGCUGACGAUUACUUUGAGCACAGUCCACUAUCGGAGGACAGAUUCAGCAAACUAAAUGAAGAUAGUGAUUUUAUUUUCAAGCGGGGCCCUGCUCUGAACAAGAAAGAAAACAGAGGGUGCGACAGCCCGGACCCUGACACUUCAUAUGUGCUCACGCCACAUACAGAAGAAAAAUAUAAAAAAAUUAAUGAAGAGUUUGAUAAUAUGAUGCGGAAUCAUAAAAUCGCACCUGGGUUGCCUCCGCAGAACUUCUCAAUGUCGGUCACUGUUCCUGUGUCCAGCCCCAAUUCUUUAACCUACAGUAAUCCUGGGAGUUCCCUUGUAUCCCCAGCAUUGGCAGCAGGCUCUACUUUGACCGACACCACCAUGCUGACCCCUCCUCAAGCCUCAUUGCAUAGAAAUGUGUCACCUGGAGGUCCUCAGAGACCACCAAGUACAGGCAGUGCAAGUGGUAUGUUGACCACAACAGAUCUCUCAGUGCCAAAUGGAGCUGGUUCUAGUCCAGUGGGAAAUGGCUUUGUGAACUCACGAGCUUCCCCAGGUCUGUUGAGCAACACUGGUGGCGGGAAUGGUCUAAGCAAAGUGAUAACUACAAAAUCUCCCCCUCCCCCUGGAGGGGGCAAUCUUGGAAUGAACAAUCGCAAGCCAGAUCUUCGGGUAGUCAUCCCUCCGUCUAGCAAAGGCAUGAUGCCUCCAUUGAACACACAGCGGUUAAGCAGUUCCCAGUCUACGCAACCUCUCGCAACACCAGUUGUGUCUGUGACAACCCCAAGUUUGCCCCCACAAGGACUGGUAUAUUCUGCUAUGCCUACAGCCUACAACACUGAUUACUCCUUGACUAGUGCAGACCUGUCAGCUCUGCAGGGAUUUAACUCCCCGGGAAUGCUGUCAUUAGGACAAGUAUCUGCCUGGCAACAGCACCAUCUAGGACAGGCAGCCCUCAGCUCUCUUGUGGCUGGAGGCCAGUUAUCUCAGGGUUCCAAUUUAUCCAUUAACACCAACCAAAACAUUAACAUCAAGUCUGAGCCGAUUUCACCUCCUCGAGACAGAGUGACUCCAUCCACGUUCCCACAGCAGCAACAGGCACCGCAGCAGCAGCAGCAGCAGCAACAGCCGCCUCAGCAACAAUCACGGCAGGAAAUGGGACGCUCUCCUGUUGAUAGUCUCAGUAGUUCCAGCAGUUCGUAUGACGGCAGCGACCGAGAGGAUCCGAGGAGUGACUUCCAUUCCCCAGUUGGGCUGGGGAGACCCCCAAAUUCAGAAGACAGGGAGAGCCCCACAGUAAAGCGGAUGAGAAUGGACACCUGGGUGACAUAAGUUUCCCGUUCCUCCUUCGGUUUCUACUUUUGAGUUAUCCCAAUGAACAGUCCUGACAUAUCUAAAUUUAUAAAUAAGGACAUGGAAAAAAAAUAUUUAUAUGUAUAUAUACAUACAUGCAUAUAUAUCUUUGUAUACAUAUAUAUGUGUGAGUGUGUGUGUGUGUGUAGCGAGACACAAAAAGAAAAAUCAGCAGGCACUUAAUACCAACUCCUCGCAUAGCUGCAGAGGCCCCGUGGUGGGGUUUUUUAAGAAGAAAAAAAUAGAACAGAAAAACCCUUAUAGGUAUUGAUCUAGUCUGGCACUUAACCUGGACUUUGUUUCUUGAAUCAUGUAACCUGUUUUGCAGAAGAAAUGUUGUCCCUGUAUGUAAUCUACCAAAUUAGAUGGCAGAACCGUGAGGGCUUGCCUGUAGUAGUGUUCCCGUGUGUGUUUUCCAGCAGCUGUGUGGUUCCCUGUAGUUAACAUUACGCUUUGUAGCAGCAGAGAAGUAGAACAAGAAAGCAAUACUGUACAUAGAAUGACCUCUAUAUUACCCCGUCUAGCAUGGGUCUCUCUUGCAAAGGGUGCAUGAAGAAGGGCUGGCAUUAUUUUAAAAACACACGCAUACACACACCUGUUUUUGCACGUGCAAAAAAUAAAUACAGGGGUCAAAUAAGAUUUUUUUUUUAAUCCAAAUGAGAGAAAGAGAGAGAGACACACACACAUAAAUAACGUGCAUGAAAUAUUCAGAAGAUAUUAGCCUAGAAGAUAGUCCAUAAAGAAAAUUUUAAUAUAUUAAGUUAUAAUUGGGAUAUGUUUUAAAGCUCUUUCUUAUGUUUCUCCUACCUUUUUUAAAAUAUAGAAAAACAAUUCUA